GCUUCCCGCUUGCCGCUCGCGAAGCCGCGUGUUCCCACACUUCCCACGCGAUCGUCACGAUCGCGUUGCUAUCAUAUCAGUUUGCGAACGGCGUCAGCGUUGACAAGCGUGAGCCGCGAGCGUUUUGUGUGUAUAUCGUUGUCGUACCGCGUACGCGACUAAGUACGCGACGACAGGCAUGGCCAGCGCCUCGACGUUCUGUCUCCUGCUCGUCGUCGCACUGGCGGACUCGGCUUCUUCCACGCGGCGCACACUGCGGUCGUGGGUGAACCCGGGCUGCGACGAGCAGUGCCGCGAGCGAAACGUGACGACGCUCUACCUGAGAGCCGAUGGCCCGAACGACACGUUGCAUUACCUGUGGGAUUUCGUCGGGACCCCGUCCGUGCUGUUGGCGCUCACGCCGCCGUCCGCCUGGCUCAACAUCACCUGGGAUGAUUAUCUCGCCAGAAGGGGGAACUCGCUCAGCUUCUCGGAGAAGCCCGCCUACUCUUUCGGGAUAAUAAUAAACAAGAUUAUCGAAUUCAACGACGUAAAUGACACGGCACUGAUUAAUACUGCCGACGUCACUAAUACGAACGUUUUACGCACCGAGUAUUUCAACUGGCGGCGCGUGUCCCUAUCGCAAAAGAGCGAAUUCGUCUACCUGGAUAUGGAGGGUAACUCUUAUCACGAUACAGCUAAGAAUAUCAGCAGAUACGGGAGUAUAAAGCUUUCGCUCCGAGGAUUCUGCACCAUCGACCACUCGGAUAUGGUGCCGCACAUGUUGCACACGGAGAACUCUACGCAAGUGGACAUCAUCCUCGACCACAUUGAGACCAACCGAACCUUUUCCAACAGCAGGUUCGCUAUUGAAUUGCUCGCGGUUGGCGGUGGCGAUCCCGAGAUACCGUUGUUCGUUGAUCCGAAAAAGAGUCUGGACGACGAGCACACUCCGGGCAUAUUCGAGGUUGUUGAAGUUAGAACGCCUCCCUACAGAGAAGUGAUGGAUGCGUUAAACGCCGGCUCGUAUUUACAAUGGCGGCCGGUGUCGUACAACAGCGCAUCGCGCGACGUAACCAGUUCCACGGAGACGAUGCAAUAUCCACCGAAACAAGUGUUCAAUCAUACGAGCGCCAUUAAAAAUUCGAUGCUCUAUUGUUACUAUGGAGAAACUGUGGACGAUCUUCUACUGCAGAAGUUAGUAGUUUCUUUGGGCUCGAAAGGAGACGGUUUCUACAAGAGGACGAGCUAUUUGACGUGGACUUUCAUGAUCGGAUACGGCACACCACCCGAGGAGAGGUUCUCUUAUCUAGUCAUUAUGAUUAUUUCAAUCGGCAUUGGCCUUCCUUUGCUCAUUAUGAUCAUCACUGGCCUGUAUCUCUGUAUUCGCAGAAUGCCGAAACAGCAUGGCAAUGUUUAUUUAAGUCGAUGAGCUCGUCGCUCGUGUGCCAUGUGGUUUCUUCGUAUGUCGCGUGUACGUUUAGGUGCAUCGCAACUACACAACCUAUUCUUCACAAAGAGAUAUUCCUAUAUUUAUAUACAACACAUAUAUUUUUACACGAACAACUAUUAGCUCGGAUCUGAUAGUGUGAUAAGCGUGAGUGAUAAUUCGUUCUCUCAUAACGUAUUUAACGCUUAGCGCUUUAGCAUAUAGUCCUCUAGUUCUGUUUUAAUGUUUUAUGAGGAUAUGUUGUUUGUUGACACUAAAUAAAAAAAUAAAUAAAUAAAAGCAAUCACACUUUUCUCUAAAUAUGUUAUGAGAGAACGACAUGUUAAUUUGUGCAACGAAUGAUUGAACUUUUCUAGGCAAUUUACAAUUGAACGCUGAUUGUAUGCACGAUUUACGAAAUAUACUCUACGAUAAGUUGUA